UGGGUGAAUGGGAUGCCAUGGCUGGGCACAUGAGCGGGCACAACACACAAUGUGUGGUCUCGCACAAUCGACAAUGGGCCGCCUGCGGCCUCGCUCAAUGGGGCCGUAUACCGGCCGCCAUGUCGCUCUCCCAAACAAACAACCUGCUGUAUCAUGAUGAAUAGCGGGCAGUCACAACAAAGAGAGCCGGCCGCCGGGUGGACAGCCAGCUGGCCCGACCUGAGCGGCCUCGUGUGCGGAGAGGGAGGAUAUAUCACACCACGGAAGGGCACUUUGCAUUCCGUCUGCCCUCUCCCAUCCCUCGCUCGCUCACGACAGCCUGAGAAGCAUCUCACAAUCACACAUUUUCCCUCCACCGUCGGCCGCGUUGUGGAUUUAUGCCACCAGCCCCGUCGCUGCGGAUCUCUUUCUCCUUCUGCACAAACCCGUCAACUCCAUAGCCGUCAUCACCAUCUUCAAAGUGCCACCCGCCGCGACAGAUCCGGCGCAUCGAGUCUGGUAGUUAAAAAAGCUCCUGGUCGUUCUGCUGGCCGCACACCCCCCAAAGACGCAUCCCAUCGUCGUCGUCGCCCAUCCGCCAUCCACCAUCCACCCGCACGCGGAUCCCUGCCCUGCUUGCACCGAAUUUCCCCAGCCGAGAGACAGAACACGCUACGACACGACACAGCUGGCACAAACUGACCCAGCCCCUUCCCCUCCCAAUCCCAAGCCCAAGUCCAAGCAGCCCAAGCCCAAGCACCAACCCCCCC